UUUCUAGAGAUGAGAAAAUAUUGAUAACAAAAAUCACGAAAAAUGAAAUCUCCUCUUAUUUUUUUGGAUAAUUUCAAACAUAGUUUAUAGAUUAAGGAAGGUACCUGUGUGUUUUAGCUUAACCCUACCCCUCCGUAGUUGAUUCAGACGCGCUCCUCCUCAACAUGGCGGCAAUAAGCAGCUCCCGUCCGUGGCAAUUCAAGUCCAUUUUCAUAACGGGCGGCAACCGAGGAAUCGGUUUAGAAAUUGUUAAGCAAUUACUAAGCCUCCCUAAUCCACCAGAGUCUAUCUUUGCCACCUGUAGGUCGUUGGAGAGCGCGUCAGAACUUAACUCACUCUCCGAAGGAAACAAUCAUCUCCACGUGGUCCAAGUGGACGUGAACGAUUUUGAAGGUUUCAAUCAAGUUGUAUCCGAGGUGGAAAGAAAAUUGGAAGGUCGUGGAUUAGAUCUUUUAUUAAACAACGCGGGAAUCAUGGAUAGAUCUACACUGGAUGAAGUCACCGCAGAAAGAAUGAUCAAUGUUUACAAAACUAAUACUGUGGCUCCUUUGAUGCUAGCCAAGGCAUUUCGGCCUCUACUUCGGCGAGCAGCAUCGCAAAGAAGCAAAGGAGAUUUUGCUAAAUCGUUCAUUGUGAAUAUUUCAUCCGGAGUUGGAUCGAUAGCCAACAACACUUGGAGUACAAUGUAUCCUUAUCGACCAAGCAAAGCAGCCCUGAAUAUGAUCACCAAGUCACUGAGCAUUGAUCUAGAAAGUGACGGAAUUAUGGCGGUGGCGUUACAUCCGGGCUGGGUGAAAACAGACAUGGGGGGACAAAAUGCUGCCGUACCUACCAAAGAAUCAGUUGAAGGGUUGCUAACAGUCAUCGGCUCUCUGGACGAUUCAAAAAAUGGAGGAUUCUUUGACUUCACUGGAAAGGCCUUGCCUUGGUAGAAAAGUAUGGAUGGAUAAAACGUAAAAGAUAAAAGAAUUGAACCGUGGGGAAAAGGUUUAAAACAUCAGUCAUCAUCAAUUAUUAUGUGCGAAACGUAAUCAAUUGCAAAAAUAGUGACUAAAAAAAAUGAAACAAUAAUAAAAACCACUCAGUGCAACUGCCUAAGUUGUGUGAAACAACCCCUCCCCACCUCAGCUACAAUAAAUCAUAUAGCUAAAAAGAAUUGGAAGGUAAAUUCUUCCAUAUGCAUGCAACAACGAAAUAUUGAAUUAUCUAGAGAAACUUUAUAAGCAUUAUGCUUGGGCUGGAACAUCCUGUGAUGAAGAUGAAUGUGUGACAAUUUGUUCUUGAAAUAGUGAGUGGUUUAAAUUUACAGAGGGGUUAAUUGGAUUAGUUUAGUUAGUGACACCAGUUAUGCCCUGUAACAGGAAAAUAACUUUCAAAUUUUAGUGAAAUAAAAAUUGAAAUAAAA